AUGCUGAUUUGUCUUUGCUCUCUCUCCUUUCAGGAUCCCUCGGUGACACAGCUCACAAACACUAGCCAAAGUGGCUUGGAUGAAUUCAACCCCUUUUCUGAGAGCUCCCAGCUGACAAAUGCAGCACGGACGACACCAGCCACGCAGCCCUCUGGCCGCUCGCAGCCUGCUGUUCUGCAGACGUCUGUGGAGCCCACUCCCCAGGCCGUGGCUGCGGCAGCACAGGCUGGGCUUCUUCAGCAGCAGGCAGAAUUAGAGAGGAAGGCAGCUGAGUUGGAGAAGAAGGAAAGGGAAUUGCAGAGUAACGCAGCCAGCAUUAAUCCGAGGCAAAACAACUGGCCACCUCUUCCCAAGAAGUGUCCCAUCAAGCCGUGUUUUUAUCAGGAUUUUUCUGCAGAUAUCCCAGCUGACUACCAGCGGAUAUGCAAGAUGCUGUAUUACUUGUGGAUGCUGCAUUCCAUUACCCUGCUCCUAAACCUGCUUGCUUGCCUGGCAUGGUUCACAGUCCAGACGGAAAGAGGAGUAGACUUUGGUCUCUCGAUCCUGUGGUUUAUUUUAUUCACCCCUUGUGCCUUUCUCUGUUGGUACCGACCAAUUUACAAGGCUUUCAGGUCUGACAGCUCCUUCAGCUUCUUCGUCUUCUUUUUCAUCUUCUUCUGCCAAAUAGCAAUCUACAUCAUCCAGGCUGUCGGCAUCCCUGGCCACGCAGAGCUCGGAUGGAUUGCGGCGCUGUCUGAGCUGCAUGGGAACCUGGCCGUGGCUGUUAUCAUGAUGGUGGUGGCAGGAUUCUUCACGCUGUGCGCAGUUCUCUCGCUCUUCCUCCUGAAGCAGGUGCAUUCCCUGUAUCGGCGCACGGGAGCCAGUUUCCAAAGGGCCCAGGAAGAGUUUUCCCAAGGCAUCCUCACCAACAGGGGCUUCCAGAACGCAGCCGCUGGGGCGGCCUCCUCAGCCGCACAGAGUGCUUUCCGGGGAAACUAG